GGGACCCCAGAACACUAGUGAGGUUCGCUGGUACACUGCUUUCAACUCACUGUACCCAGUGUCUGUCUGUCUUGACAUUUUGUGCUGUAAGGAUGCAGGCCGCUGUGCUAGUGCUGUACCUGGCGGUGGUGGGCUGCAUUGCUGCUAAAAAAGUUGGCAAAAUAUCUGAAGACCACGAGGCUGACAGUAGAGAGAAACUCGAGUGCAGUAAUGGGUUCUUACCCAUCGCUGGCAACUGCUACCGGUUCUUCCAGGAGAAGAAGUCUUGGGGAGAUGCUCAAAUGAGAUGUCAGAAUCAAAACACCAACCUGGCCAGCAUCAGGGAUAAACAACAGUACCAGGGCCUCCUCGCUCACAUCAGCGCUCACUUUCCUGGGACAUACUGGACAUCUGGUAAAUUAGAAUCUGGCCAGUGGAUCUGGACUGCAACAGGAACUUCAAUGUCACAGAAGUGGUGGGGUACAAACCCAAGCAACAGUUCCAACCAUUGUGCCUAUUUAUGCUCCUACACCAGCAAGUACUGGGACGAGUCAUGUGACACAGAACGGAACUUCAUCUGUGAGAAAGCACAGGAACCUCUGGAGAGGUCAAGUAAAUAUUUGUAUGCAUACCGAAGAACAUAAGGUGUUGUAAAUACUAUUAACAACAAGCACACUAAACAUGCAUACCCCUAGUGGCUGAAUAUGCCUUUGCACAAACUAAUGAUAUCACUGAACAUCGUGGAAUUAAACUUAAACAUGGAUAAAAAGAUAUGAAUGCAAUAGGUAUCUUCACCAACUAAGCAGUAAUGGUACAGUACAGCUGUACUGUACAGGGGGUCCCCAGGUUAUGAACGGGUUCCAUUCCUGAGGACAUUCUUAAGUCAAAAAUGUUCAAAAAUGUACCUAAGUCGAAACGCAUGCUCUGUGCAUACCAUACUUACAAAAUAAUGUUUAAAAUCCCACUAUAUCAUAGCGUAAGUCCUUAUAUAAAUCUAAAAUACUUAAUUUAAGAGAAAGUUAGAAAUAGAAUGACAAAAUACAGUAAAUGAAAGUAGAAAAUAAGUCCUCAGGUAAAUAAAUACACUACUGUAAAUUUAAAGUUUAACUUCAUUCGCAUUGGAGGGUGUUCGUAAGUCGGACAUUCAUAAGUCAGGGAUCCCUUGUAUAAGGAUUUUAUGCUUAGCAGAUGACAAGGUAGACUGUUUGAUCUAACUGUACAGGGUAUCAGUUAUUUUUUCAAUUAUACUUUAAAUACAUGAACAGUUAGUAUGUACAGGUAUACAUAAAAAAAUUGUAACCAAGUCCCAGGUUGCUGAUCUGA